GCCCGUUCAACAGACCGGCUGUCUGGUAACGAUGAAAACGUGGAAGGGAUACAGCUCGGUCCCUCUCCCUCGUACUACCUGGAUUGGAAGUUCGAAACUCGCUCGACAACAUCUGCGCCAUGGUGACCGAACAAUCCCGAUACGGCUACAGGAAGUUGAUGGUAAGCUACGGCGGGAAGCUCCAGCGCUUCUCCGAAGGCGGCGGACCGCAGUACAUCGGCGGCGAGCACCAGGUCGUGAGGGUCAGCCAGUCCAUCUCGCUGCAGGAGCUCCGCGACCGGCUGGCCACGGCCGUGGGCUGUUUCAACAUCGCUAUCCAGUACGUCCGCCCCGGCGAGCCCCUGGACGCGCUCCACGAUGUGGUGACCGCCGGCGACGUCCGGGACCUGCUAGACUGGGUGCUAUACCGGGACAUCCAUAUCAAACUGCUCUGCGCAAACCCAGCGGACGUCCCCCAAGUCCGGGUCUUCGUGGUCCGCGUGGAUGGGCGGCCGCCGCUCCCCGAGGCGCUCUUCACUCCCGCUCCAAGCACGCCGGUCGCGGCGCCCACCGAGGCGCCGGUGUCUCUGUCCUCGCUCAAGCGGCGAAGUGCGUCGGCGCCUUCGCUGUCCACAAAGUUGCCGGACGGCACGUCGCAGCCCCUCUCUCCGGCCCUCAUCCAUCGGAGCGUAUCGGCGCCUUCGCUGUCACCGCCGUCGACCGGGGACGACACAACGUCUUCGACUACGACAACUGCCGGAAGCACCCGUGCGAACCAAGAUGUCGCCCCCAACGCGGCAAUGCAGAGGAGUCUGGCGCGCCCGGCUCCGGUGUUCCUGGUGCCAGUAGCGCCGGUCAUAGUGUACCAGCCGGUGAUCCCAGUGUACCAGGUGUUCGUCGUGCGUGAUUGUGCUGUUCACCGCCUCAAUCAGAUCAGGUGUCUACCAAUUAGCUAUGAUAUGAACAGUAUUACUGAAGCCGCAGUACAAGGAGCCAACGAAGCUUUGGCGUGAAGAACGAAACUGCUCCGUGGACGACGAAUGCAUGCACGACAGCGGCACGAUGGGCCAUACAGCCGUUGAUAUGCGCUCGAUGAUAUGCAUGAACGACUUGAUAUGUGAUGUCGUGCAUGAAUCGUCCGCAUGGCGUCGUGUGCAUAGCAGCGCUGCGUGAAGAAACUCAAUCACAAGUUUAUUAUUAUUAGUGUUUUGGAUUUGGAUGACGCAAGUGAUAGCUUUUGAGUACUCCCUCUAUAAAGGAAUUAUAAGAGCGUUUAGCUGACAAUGACCAUCCUAUUUGGUCCAUGUGUUUAAAUUGUCCUCCUUUGGUCAAUGUCAAAGUUUGAUCUUUUA